AUGACGGGUCUGUUGCAAUGCAGAUGCGCACUGCGCAGCGCGAGUUCUAGCGCUACGCUACUUGUUUAUAAGCAAGAAAAGCAUUAUAAUGCUUUUAAAAGUGAAUAUAGAGUGGAUUUAUGGUGUGAAUUUAAGAAACGAUGGGUUCUCUGUGGUGCCCUAGCAGCGGUGGCGAUGGCAGUUCUGGCACCAAAAUAUGGGGCUUCCGGAGGCAAAUUUUAA